CAAAACACCCGCAUCAUGCCUAGCAUCUAUGGUACGCUCGCCGUCGCGGUCAUGACCGUGGGGGCGCAACAAACCCCGUUCAACUGGCAGCCAUGCCCCGACACGAACGACACCCGCGUGCAAUGUGGGUUUCUCAAAGUCCCCCUCAACCACUUGGAUCCGUCGCCCAACCAAACUAUCGAUAUCGCCGUCCGCCGCUUCCGCGUCCCCAAUGCCGCCAAGGGCACCAUCCUCCUCAACCCUGGGGGACCGGGGAUAUCUGGCAUGCCCUUUGCUGAAAGCGGCGUCGCGCAGUACCUCGGGGGCCAGCACGACGUGUUGGGUUUCGACCCCCGUGGGGUGGGGAUGUCGCGCCCCGCGCGCUGCACCAAGAACGGCUACACCGCCUCGAACGAGUGGCCCAGUCGGAGCAACGUGCCGUUCGACUCGCCGACCGCCGAGACAUCGUUGGGGCGGUACGGGGCGUCCAUAGAGGCCAUAGUCCGCCGCUGCGAAAUGUACGACGGCGACUACGUCAAGCACCUGUCGACGUCGUUCGUGGCGCGGGACAUGGACCUGAUCCGGGCCGCCCUAAACGAAUCCGUGGUCAACUACUAUGGCAAGUCCUACGGCACCGUUCUCGGUGCCACGUAUGUCAACAUGUUUCCCCACCGCGUCGGCCGCGUCGUGAUCGAAUCGGUGCUCGACCCGACACUGUACACGGGACCCUCGUCGGACCUGCUGGCCACGUCCACCGUUGAUGCCGACGAAACGUUUGAUUCAUUUGCCAACACAUGCGAGGCGGCGGGUCAGGCCAACUGCCCGCUCGCGUCCGAGCCCCAAGUCGGCAGGCGCGUUCGCGAGUUUCUGGCCACGAUGGAGGAGACGCCUGUCAUUGCGCCGACGGCGGCCAGGGACGACUUCUCCGUCCUCACAGCGGCCGAUGUUCGAUUCAUGAUCCUACAGGCAUUGUACGACCCGAAGAAGUGGCUCGGCUUGGCGCGCGAUCUGCACAACUUGUUGCGGGGCCAAUACGUGUCGCCCCCCGUGCCCGAUACAUGCCCCGUGACAAACCCCUCCUACCUUGGCAUGAGCAUGGAGUUCCCCAUCUACAUUGCCAAUGACGGUGAAUUGAAGGGGACGCGGGACUGGCACCGCGCUCUCCGCGAGGCCAAGCGUAACAGCCCCCUCUUUGGCAUGCAGUUUGCCUAUGAUGCCUUGCCUGCCAUGUACUGGAAGAUUCGCCCCGUGGAGCGCUACAGUGGUCCGUGGAACGUCCAGCUGCGCCAACCGAUUUUGAUUCUGCAAAACAAAAUCGAUCCCGUCACCCCCCUGCGCGGCGCCCGAGCGCUCGCCAGACUCAUGGGCUCCAACGCGGUGUUGGUCACACGCGACGGGUACGGUCACGGCAUCGACAGAAUGCGCAGCAGCUGCAUCCGCAAUACCCUCGCCGCCUUCUUCAACAACGCCACGUACCCCAAUCACAACUCCAACUGCAAAGUGGAUGCAGGUCCGUUCGAUCCUAAGCCCCACCAAGCCAGUACCGAAAGGAAGCUUGAUGAGGUCGACGAAGCCGCGCGAUUGUAA